AUGCCUGAAAGACUGAAGAGAGACAUUCUAAAAGUAUUUGGGGGAUUGAAGCAGACGGUGUUGUGGAAAUUCGAAGAAGCCCUACCAAAUCUACCCAGUAAUGUGCAUAUUGUGCAAUGGGCACCUCAACCUAGUAUUCUAGCUCAUCCCAACUGUAUCCUGUUUAUUACUCACGGUGGAGCGUUGUCCAUGACUGAAGCCGUUUAUUUUGCAAAGCCUAUUAUAGGAAUACCGAUUUUCGGAGAUCAGUUCAAUAACAUCGCCAUGGCAGUCAAUUUGGGUUUCGGAAUACAAGUGGAGCUCUCUUAUGAAUUGGCUGAUGAACUCAACGAUGCUUUAGAAGAAAUGCUUAGUACUUCAAGCUAUACUGCUAAAGCCAAGGAGGUUUCGUUCGUGUACCACCACCGACCUGUUCCUCCAGCUGUCGAGCUGGUGCACUGGGUGGAGCACGUAGUGUACACUCGUGGAGCUCCGCAUCUACGAUCGCCGGCCUUAUUCACUCCCUGGUAUCAGAAAGUUUACCUUGAUCUCAUAACUGUGAUCUUAAUGGUAUUCUACAUUCUAAAAUUUAUUAUCGGGAAGAUAAUCAAAAGGAAAUCAAUGGGAAAGAAACAAAAGACGAACUAA